AUGAACGCCACCUCGCUGUGCGUCGGCUUGGAUCAAACGGUCCGCGGCUACUUCGCCCAGGCGUUGUCGAUGCUCGACUCCUCGGCACCGCCGCUGGUGCCGCUCUCCCGGGCGCUGCUGAAGCGGGGAGACGACUCCACCUCGAACGCCAUCAUCGCGGCUUUUGCUUGCGACAGCACCUUCGCGGCCUUCGCCAAGAACGAGAUGGACGGCAUCAUCGCUCGCGACGAUGAGGACGCCGAGAAGCUCGCGGCGGGGAUCCGCGAGGCGGUCGCUCGCGGCGUCCUCGAUCCGAACCCGCCGGUGGAGCCUGUGUGCAAGGUCAACGUGGCGGGCAAGUCGGCCGACCAGGUCGCGG